AUGAAAAUCCGAGAUACACUCCUCAAAACCAUUUCAAAUACAUCGGAUGAAGCCUAUGAUCGACUCUUCAAUCCCAAACAUGUCCAUUCUCGUCCCCUCCAUUCUCGUCCCUUUCCCCUCCAUACUCGUGUGUGGUAUCUGGUGGUGAGUGUGUCGUAUCUGAGUGCUGUGUUUGGUCUAUUGGAACAUGUGAAUCGAAUUGAAAUGGCAGUGGAUCGAGAAAUGUCAUCCAUGACGGCACACUAUGAGAGACUCAUGUUGAAUCAACAAGGAAUAUUUGGAUCUAAAUUUGAUUUGGAACAAUACAUUCAAUCACACGCCAAUCAAUAUGGUGUGGAAUGGAAUGCUACGAAAGCAAACAUGUACAAGACGAAUCGAAGACAAUACAUUGAGACAUUGGAAGAGUUGGAACAAGUGAAAAGAGAUUUGAGAUCCAUGAUGACAAAGAUUCACUCGGACAACAAGAAUAGUAGUAUUAAUAGUAGUAUUAAUAGUAGUAGUGAUAAUAAUAGUAGACCAUAG